AUGCCCAGCAUCAUGGCUGAUUGGGGUCUCCGUGGCCUUCUCUCCCCGCUCCUCCCUGACCCGUCUACAUGGCACUCUCGACCAGAGCCAGCCAUAGCUGUACUAGGUUCUCUAGCCCUCUUAUUCAUUUGGUACUGCUAUCGGGUGGGGACAGGGCAGGUAGCCCCUGUGUCUCAUCCGCAAGGUGUGCCGACCGAAGAAGGAUGCCCUCGCCGUACCCUCAGGGGCGAUGCUAUCAAUCAGCGCCUGUAUCGCAGCCUGCGAGAUUACGCCAAGCGCUAUUCGUGGUCAGGUAUGAACCGGCUGCACAAAGGUAUCCGGGACCAAGCCCAUUAUCAGCUGGGUGAACGGAUGGCGAUCCAGAAGCCCAGCGCCUUCUACCUCCCCGACUUGCCUUCGGCCCCCUAUUUUCCCCGUGAGUCCCAGCGUCACGAUGUGGAGAUCCUUGAACUCAGUUUCCCAGCCAUCCUGCAGGAAUUUGAGGGCAUUGCAAGGGAUUUUGAACCCGGAGCCCCAAUGCCACGGGGCUGGAUGGUCAACACCAACCCUGGCUGGCAUAGUUAUUACCUCUACCGACAGGGGGAGUGCAUAGCACAGAAUUGUCGCAGCUGCCCAUGGACGUAUCGGGCACUCAGCGCACUACGUACCUUUAUCAACGCCAAUUGCUUUGGAAACGCCUGCUUUAAUGUCUUGCAGCCUGGAACUGUGCUACCUGGUACCUAUGGACCAACAAACACCAGGGUACGGUGCCACCUAGGGCUAAAAGUGCCACCUGGUUGUGAGUUGGUGGUGGGUGGUGAGCCACAGUGCUGGUCUGAAGGAUACUGCCUUCUGGUGGACGAUUCCUUCUUGCACACCACAGCGCAUAAUGGUUCCCCCAGUGACGGACCUCAGGUGGUUUUUAUUGCUGAUCUUUGGCAUCCCAACGUAGCAGGACCUGAACGACAGGCAUUGGAUUAUAUCUUUGCCCCUGGUCGAUAGAUGCUUGACUUAACAAGUAUUGGGGGCAUGGACACAAUCUCACAAAUAUUUGCUGCUCCUUGCAAAAAUCAACCACUCCCUACACUCAAUAGUCUUGAUCUAGAUUCAUUGUUUUGCAGAUUGAAUUAGGCCCAGUGUGUAAUGCAAAAACCACAAAGAGAUUUGCAAAGCCAUGAAAAUAUCUUUUUCUUCAAGGUGAUUCUGUGCCCUCUCAUAAGGCUCAUCCUAGAGAUUUUUGUGAUCUGGGACGUUUUGGUUUCCUUUCUUGCA